AUGGAGCGAAAGACGCUUGAUGUAUCUCUCGACGACCAUACAAACAAUCAGGCUUUUCGUCAGAUAAGCGGUGCGCACGAUACAAUUAUGAGCAUGCAAAGAAAUGAAAUCCGAUGGGCAGGACAUGCUUUUUCAUUAUUUCAGGUAAUUUCAAAACUGAAAUUUCCACGUGAAGCAAGCACCGUCAUUGUUGCAGAAGACUGCGUCAUCGAUUCCAUAAUACAAACUUUUAUUCGCAACGGCAAAAAACUGACUGCUAAACAGCGAUCGACGCUGUCAUCACGAAUUCCACGACUUUCUCUGCUUCAUUUCGAUAUCCAAAGCGAUGGUAGUUGGAAGCCGAGCUGCGCAUCACUGCCCGGUCUGCUCGGAAUUUCUCCACAAAUGUGCAACUUACCGGAUGUAAACUUCCUCAUCCGACCGAUAUGUGAUUUCUAG